AAUGAGAAAGAUAUUAUCUUCAGCAUUAGCAAUAAGUUUUAGACGAACUCCUUUAAUAACUCCAAGAUUAACUUAACGUUUAGCUAUCACCUUAGUCUCACUUCCACUAAUUCGCUAUAGUUUCUAAGUAAUAUUUAUAAAUAAGAAAUUAGACUCUUAAUCUAAAUGAUGCAUAUGAAAUCUCUAUUGAAGAUGAUCUAAAGGAAGGUGAAAUGAGAGAAGUAUAAGUGGGUCCAAAAAAAGAAGAUGCCGUCUUAGUUUGCAAAGUUGAUGGAUAGAUCUACUGUGUUUCAAAUUCUUGUCCACAUGUUGGAGCUCCACUUUCAGCUGGUUUUUUGGUAGGUGAUAAAGUGAAAUGUCCAUUCCAUAAUGCUAGUUUUUCUGUUAAAGAUGGAGUACAUGAAGAAGGACCAAUGUUUAGGGGAUUAUAAACAUUUCCUGUUAAAUAAGAAAAUGGUUAAUUAGUAAUAAGAGUGGAGAAAGAAUUAUUAAAUGCACCACGAACACUUAAUAUGGCAACUAAGGGAGAUGAUCCUACACAUGUAGUCAUUGUGGGUGGAGGGUAUUAUUAUUGAAUAAUUAUAUUAGAGUAUCUGGUUAAAGUGCUGCUGAAACUCUUCGUUAGGCAGGAUUCAGAGGAAAAAUAACCAUUAUUACAGCUGAAGAUACAUUACCUUAUGAUAGAACACCUAUGAGCAAGAUGUCAUUUUUAGUUAAAUUACAAGGAUUGUAAAUAAGAUAAUCAUAGUUUUAUGAAUAAUAUGGUAUUGAUGUUUUAACUAAUAAACAUGUUGAUUCGAUUGAUGUUAAUAAUCAAGAAGUAGUUGUUGGAAAAGAGAAAAUUCAUUAUGAUAAAUUAUUAUUAGCUACUGGAGGUUCAGCUCGUAAACCUUCUUUGGAUGGAGUAAACUUAAAUAAUGUUCAUACACUUAGAUAAUUUAAUGAUUUAUUAUAAAUUAGAGAAAAGGCUAAAACAUCUAAAAAUAUUGUUAUUGUUGGAGCAUCAUUCAUUGGUAUGGAAACUGCUUCAGCUAUCAAAAAAGAAUUAAAAGAUUAGGUUAAUAUUACUGUUGUAGAUAACAGUACUGUUCCAUUUGAAAGAGUGCUUGGCACUGAAGUUGGUGCUUCUUUAUAAAAAUUACAUUAAGCAAAUGGAGUUGAAUUUGAAUUGUCUGCUGGAGUUAAAAGAAUUGCAGGAGAAGGUUCAGUAUCUAGAGUUGAUUUAUUAAAUGGAAAAUCUCUUUUGGCUGAUUUAGUUAUUUUAGGUACAGGAAUCUAACCAAACAAUAAAUUGGUUAAAGAUUAAUUGAAAUUAUCUCCAAACGGAGGUAUUGAAACUGAUGUAUUUAUGAAGGCUGCCAAAAAUGUUUAUGCUUCUGGUGAUAUUGCUAGUUAUCCAUAUUGGGUAACUGGUGAAUAUGUAAGAAUUGAACAUCAAAAUGAAGCUAUUAGAUAAGGGUAUAUACUUAAUAUUAUUUAAGAUAUGUGGCUGCAUUGAAUAUUUUAGGUAGACCAACUCCUUUGACAGAUGUACCAUUCUUUUGGACUAGAUAAUGGGAUAGAACAUUAGCAUAUAGUGGAGUAGGAUAAGGAUUUGAUGAGGUGAUCAUAGAUGGUGAUUUAAAUCAAUAAAAAUUCAUUGCCUAUUAUGCUAAAAAAGGAAGAAUUAUUGCUUCAGCUAGCAUGAACACUCCAAAUGUUUAUAAACAUUAUAUAAUUUAAGGCUUAAAUGAUUAUUUCUGAGGCUUUAAGAUUAAAUGUGAUGCCAAGUGCCCAAGAAUUGAAAGAAAAUAAGACUACACUUGAUGAAAUUAAAAAGGUAGUUUUAAGCAAAGGAACUUCAUGUCAUUGUAAACGUUCAGGAUAAUGUUAAGCAUAAUUGUGAGU